AUGAUGAAGCUCUUCUCCAGGGGGCGGUUCGAGUUGAACGCGCUGGACCCGCGGAAGGUUCGCUGCGUGGAGUUCCUUGCGCAGUGCGACGCCAGCAGGAACAAGGAGCUCAGUCCGGCGUGCCGGGUGGCAGUGAAGCCGUGCACUGACGUCCACCACCCUCAGACCACCAUCACAUACGUCAACGUCACCGAGGAGGUCGCGGACGCAACCUCCACCUAUGCCCAGUCCCUCCGCGACCACGUCAUCGAGAAGGGCCGGACGCUCUCCCCAGAGAAGAUUUCCCGCAAGGCCGACGAGCACCGGUCCGUCAUCGUCCCCGAGGAUAAGCUCGAUGUGAGCUUCCCCGGCACAGAGGUGAUCCCCACAUCGUUAUUAUUUCGUCUCCUUGUCUGGCUGGCCGAUCCAUGUGUUUCUCUUUUCGCCCCUUUCCGCUUCUUCUCCCCGCCUCCCUCAUCCCAGGCAUUUGAUCGACUAUUUGGCGCGGAUGUAUAUUGA